AUGAAUAAGGACAUUGAUGAGCGCUCUCUGCCGUCUCCUACGGAGUACAAGGGCGAGGGAUGGAACCCGAUUCGGGCUUCGCAUAAGAGCCGGCCUCACGCUUCCAAAGAGGCGAGUGGUUCGGACAGAGAAAGCCAUGCUGCUGGAAUGGUCAACACGCCUAUCCCCAGGCUAACAUGGCGAACUCUGGUGAUGGGGAUCUUCGUGUCAAUGGGAGGGUUUCUCUUUGGCUACGAUACCGGUCAAAUAUCGGGGAUACUGGAAAUGGAAAAUUUCAAAGAGCGGUUUGGUGAACAAGGUCCCAAGGGGUACAGUUUUUCCAAUGUCCGCGCAGGACUAAUUGUGGCUCUGAUUACUUCACCAUAUCCAAAAUGGUACCAAGUGGCGAUUGGGAGAUGGGUUACCGGUCUGGGAGUCGGCUCCCUGUCACUGCUGGUUCCAUUGUACCAGGGAGAGAGUGCACCAAGGCAUAUACGUGGUGCGCUGGUUAGCACCUAUCAACUGUUCAUCACGCUUGGUAUUUUCAUCGCCAAUUGCAUCAAUUAUGGAACGGAAGCCCGCCGAGACCCCAGCUCCUGGAGAAUCCCUAUGGGAAUCACCUUCAUCUGGGCCGCCAUACUGGGCUUUGGAAUAGUCUUCUUCCCUGACACCCCACGAUAUGAUUACCGACAUAACCGGAUAGACAAGGCUAAGCGGACAAUGAUGAGGCUUAACGGAGUUCCUGAAAACCAUGAAAAGCUGCAUGAAGAGUUCAACGAGAUCAAGCGCCAACAUGAGGAAGACCAGCUCACGAAAGACCAACCUUGGUAUGCGAUUUUCUCCGCGCCUACCAUGCGGUACAGAUUGCUCCUGGGAAUAACACUACAGGCAUUUCAGCAACUCACUGGCGCGAAUUACUUCUUCUACUACGGCACUUUUGUGUUCAGGGGUGCUGGUUUGAGUAAUAGUUUUAUCACCCAGAUGAUCCUCGGUGCGGUUAACUUCCUCGCAACAUUCAUUGGACUUUACAACAUCGAACAUUUCGGGAGACGCAAAUCCUUGAUCGCAGGAGCUCUCUGGAUGUUUGUAUGUUUCCUCAUCUUCGCAUCUGUCGGCCAUUUCGUACUCGAUCGUGAGGACCCAUCCUUAACCCCGGCUGCUGGCAAGGUGAUGGUUGCUUUCUCCUGCCUAUUUAUUGUAGGCUUUGCAUGUACUUGGGGGCCCAUGGUUUGGGCUAUCAUCGCCGAGUUAUACCCAUCCCGAUAUCGUGCUACCGCCAUGGCAAUGGCCACUGCAUCAAAUUGGCUGUGGAACUUCCUACUUGCCUUCUUCACCCCCUUUAUCGUCGGAGAUAUCGAUUUUUUGUACGGAUAUGUGUUCGCUGGUUGCCUUCUCGUGGCUGCCGCCAUCGUUUAUUUUGGUGUUAUAGAGGGCUCCGGACGUACCCUUGAGGAGAUUGACAUGAUGUAUCACUUGCACGUUAAGCCGUGGAAGAGUUCGAAAUUCGUGAUCCCUCCUUCUUUACAAAGGGAUACACCUUCAGACUCGAAUCACGAAAAUGAGGUACCGGCUACUGUUCCAAAUUCUCAGGGACAGGCCGCACCAAAUAUGCAGGCAGCUACCUGA